AUGAUACAUCCGAUCCAGAGCAUCCACGAUGUCUCGUACUAUCGCUAUAACCCGUCCCUGGCGGUAGCGAUUGUGGCUGCGGUUUUGUACGGUAUUGCGUUCAUCCUGACUCUGGUUCAGUGGGUUCGCUAUAAGUCAUGGGUGUGGGUGGUGAUGGUCAUUGCUUCGGCCAUGGAGGCUGUGGGCUACAUCAGCCGCUGUAUCUCCGUGGAGAACGUGACGCAGAAGCAAGUCUACGUGGUGCAGUUCGCGCUCAUCGUCCUGGCGCCCGUCCUAAUCGCCGCCUGCUGCUAUAUUGUCUUCAGCCGGAUUUUGUUCCUGGUCGUCCCGAGUGAGGCGCGCACCUUGCGACUCUGCUGGGUGCCUCCGCGGUUCAUCACCCCGAUCUUCGUGGGGUUUGAUAUCUUUGCGCUCCUGCUGCAACUGGGUGGCGCGGUCAUGAUCGCCUCGGUCAGCCCGACCGAUACCCAUGCGGCUCGCACGCUCAAUACGGGGAAACGGGUUGCCCAGGUGGGUGUGAUUAUUCAAUUGGCGGCGUUUGGACUCUUCAGCGUCGCCGCCGUUCGAUUCAAUUUUACCUCGAAGCGCUUCGACAAAUCCCUGGGUGAUCGCUACGAGAGCGUCGGGGAGAAGGAAUAUCGGAUUGAUGGACGGACGAGGGAUAAGCACUGGCCGGCGCUGCUGCGGGUGGUCAAUUUGACCUCGUUCUUGAUUCUGAUCCGCUCCAUCUACCGGCUGGUCGAGUUUACCACGGGCGUGACUGGGUAUAUCAACACGCAUGAAUGGACGCAGUAUGUGUUCGACGCGCUGGCCAUCUAUCCCUGCGUGGCGCUGUUCAUCUACUGGCACCCGGGCAAGUAUCUGCCGUAUCUGGGGUUCCGGCUGCCCAAGUCGGCGCGAUAA